AUGAUAGUGGUGAAGUAUAAUGUCUUUUGGCUGACUUCUGAAAUAGGACCUCUUUUAAAUUUGUAACUCAAUCGUGUAUCUACUUCAUUGGGGAAUGCAGCUUAGUUACAUAAACAUAUAAUUUAUGUAUUGAAGUUUUUGUCACAUUAUAUAUUUUUCAAUAACUGUCUUAAAUUAUGAAUUCCUAUAUCAUAUCUUGUGAAGGUUUCAGGUCUCAUUUCGUAGUCAGAAGAAUCUUGAGGUCUGCUAGAUAGGCCAUGACAUCCUUAUUUUAUAGAGAAAGAAAAAAAUUACAUUUCCUCCAGGUUCUCAGUUAAUGAGUAGAACUGGAACCAGAACACACACUAGUUUGUGCUUUUUCAGCAGUAUCACUCACGUUUGAAAUAAUGCAGUAAUUCAUCAUUUGUAGUCCAAAGAUCCCUAACUGAAGCUUGUGCCAUAAGAAGUUUUUAAACCUGAUUAGUAGAAGCUGGAGAUUUUUUUUGGGUAAAAUAUUGUCUUGUGAUUGUUGCAGAUAAUAUGGUUCUGAGGACCCCAUUCGUGUAUGUGUGUGUGUGUGUGUGUGUAUUGUGGUGGGGCAAUGGUGAGGAGAAACAGGUAGAAUUUUUUGGCUAUGUAGAUUUACAGACACUGUCUCUAUAAUUGUUCCUAUUGUGUGUAUUCUUUUUUAUAGAAGAUAAGCUGAGAUUUAAAAACAAAGAUACAGAAAAAAGGAGUAUAAAAUAUUUUUUCCUUAUUAUCUGAUUUUUCGUGAAGAUCAAAUAUGAAAGUCUCUUAAUUGAAAAUCGGCCUUAAGUUUUAAAGUCAUACAGAGUGAAUAACUUAGAACACAGUAGGGAAUAACGCCCUAGGGAAUAAUCUCCAUUUUUGUAGUUGAAAAAAUUGAAGUUUAUUGAAAUUAUGAAGUCCAAAAGUAUUCGUAGUGUCUUCCUAGUUUAUCAGACCUUUAUCUGAGAGAUCAAAGAUUCAGGAAGAAUUUUAGAUAUACUUGAUAAUUUUCUAUCUCCAGAGUACUCUAACAUAAGGUAGUAGGUUUCUUCAUUUUUUCAGAUGAAGAAACUGAGUCCUUGAAUAAACUUCUUUGUGGAACUUGUCUUUAUACAACAUGCUUAUUUAUAAUUGAUGAAGAAUUUGGUUUUUGUUUCACAUAAAAUGACAUAAAAUAUUUAAAAGGAAAUAUUCUUUUUUUUUUUUCUAUCUUGAAAUAGAUAAAUGUUAAUUCAUUGGUUCUAGCCAGAUGACAGUGGUUAAAAGUACAGGCAAGUCUUUGUUGAAUCUAGCCCUGUGCCUUGUUAAGAUGUGUGACUUUUAACAAGUCAGUUAACCUCAUUGAUACUCAGUUUCCUUCUCUGUAGAGUGAAGAUAGCAGUGCUUCAUCAGCUGUUGUAAGGAUUAAAUAAAAUGGUAAUUUUGUGCUUGGCACAGAGCCUGGCACAUGGAUACAGUCAGUAAACAGGUACAGCUUGUAUGUAUUUCAAGCGUUUUUAUCUCAAUAACUCUGUAAUGGAGUAUCACCCUCGGAUAAUCAUGCUCACUUGUGCAUUUUUGGCCUGCAAAGUAGAUGAAUUCAAUGUAUCUAGUCUGCAAUUUGUUGGAAAUCUACGGGAGAGUCCUCUUGGACAGGAGAAGGCACUUGAACAGAUUUUGGAAUAUGAACUGCUUCUUAUACAGCAACUUAAUUUCCACCUUAUUGUCCACAAUCCUUAUAGACCAUUUGAGGGCUUUCUCAUUGAUCUAAAGACCCGAUAUCCCAUGUUGGAGAAUCCAGAGAUUUUGAGGAAAACAGCUGAUGACUUUCUUAACAGAGUUGCGCUGACGGAUGCUUACCUUUUAUACACACCUUCUCAAAUUGCCCUGACUGCCAUUUUAUCCAGUGCAUCCAGAGCAGGGAUUACUAUGGAAAGUUAUCUAUCAGAAAGUCUGAUGCUGAAAGAGAGCAGAACUUGCUUGUCACAGUUGCUAGAUAUAAUGAAAAGCAUGAGAAACUUGGUAAAGAAAUAUGAACCACCCAGACCUGAAGAAGUUGCUGUUCUUAAGCAGAAGUUGGAGAGAUGUCACUCUGCUGAGCUUGCACUUAACAUAAUUACGUCUGAGAUCUCAUCUGAGGAACAAGUACACUGCUCCAAACUUAUUUUAGCUACUCUAGGGAAAUGGUGUAUUUUCCUUCAUGUAUUGAAGACAGAACCAAUAGGAAAAUGUGCUGUUACGUAUUUUUUUGCAGCCAUAAGGAAUACCCAUGUCUGUCUGUCUCUCUCUCACUGACUUGUAGGCCAUACGUGGAAAUCACCAUAUUCAGGAUCUGUAUGCUUUUCAAGUUGAAGGACCUACUUAAACCUAAUCUUUUAGGAAUUUAAAGGAUUGAGAAUCUGGGCAGGUAAUAGGAAGGUAAAACUGCAACUGUGGCUUAGCAUAGAACUUAAAAUUGGUCGAUUUCACUCUUGGGUUUCAUUGAUAACAGGAAUGAAGGAGUGGUUACAAAGAAGUAAAGAAUGUUAACUUUAAUGAAUGAAAGCAGAGAAGCUCCCCCCCCCCCAUCCAUAGUUUUGCUUUCUGCAGUUUUCUUCAGCUGUGGUCCAAAAAUAUUAAAUGAAAAAUUCCAAAAAUAAUUCAUAAAUUUUUAAUUGUGCACUGUUUUGAGCAGUGUGAUGAAGUCUUACAAUGUCCCACUCUGUCCCACCUGGGGGUGAAUCAUCCCUUUGUCCAGCAUAUCCAGGCUGUAUGUACAGCACAAUAAGUUGAGACUGCAUGACUCAUUACAGUAUGUCAUCAUAAUUGUUUUAUUAGUUAUUGUUGUUAAUCUCUUACUGUGCCUAAUUUAGAGAUUAAACUUUAUCAUAGGUUUUUAUUUAUAGGGAAAAACUCCAGUAUGUAUAGAGGUUAGUACUUUCUGUGGUUUCAGGCACCCACUGGGGGUCUUGGAAUGUAUCCCCUGCAGAUAAGGGGGAAAUUACUAAAUUGCAGCACCAGUAAUUUUUUUUUCACAAGUGAUUUGAAAUGAGCUUAGACCGUGGCUUGGCAAACUACAUAGCCCAUAGGCCAAAUCCAGGCAACUACCUAUUUUUAGAAAUAGUUUUAUUGGAAUGUAGCUAUACCCAUUAGUUCGCUUAUUGUCUAUGGCUGUUUUCACACUACAGAAGAAGAGUUAGGUAAUUUUGACAGAAAUUAUUAUGGCCUAAAAGGCCUAAUUUAUUUACUAUCUAGCCCUUCAGCAAAACAUUUUUCAACCUCUGGGUUAAGCCAUGAACUAUUAAUCCAGCCUUUUAGUUAGGUAAGUGAAUGGACCAUAACCUAAAAUUUGAAGUGCCAGAGUUUACAUCUUACUCAAAUUACCAUCCACUUUAUACUGUGUCAAGCAAAUUCUACAUUUCUUUGUGUACUUGUGGGGUACUUCUCAAACUGUAAAGGAAUGUGUGUUUUUUUAAAUUCGUUACAGACCUAUACUUUUGUAAAAUAUAACAUUACUACAAAAUGAGUAAAAAAGACAUAGUAUAAGCUUAAAUUUUAUUAGAUUUAACAGUCAUAAUUUAUCAAAUUUCUGUAAAAGUUUCUAAACACAGUUUCUGAACUUAUUGCACACUGGAAAUAGUUAAUGGACCACUCCUGUAAGCACUACUUUAGGAUAAAAUAUUUGUUUUCCUUGGUCUUUAAAAUUCUUUUAUCUUUUCUAUUACACAAGUAAUUAUAUCAUUAUGAAAGUCAGUCAAUACAGGUAAACCAAAGUUCUCUUUGACCAAAACCCAAAUCCCAGUUUUGUCCUCAGGUAACUUGGUGUUUACCUUUGCCAACCUUUUCUGUGUUUGUGUAUGAAAUAAAGUUUUUUUCUUUUCAUGAAUGCUUUCAUACAUAUUAUACAUUUAGUAGUAUCAGUGUUUCAAUUUGCAUUUCCCUACUAUGAAGGAAUAACAUUUGUAUGUUUAAGUCAUUUGUAUUUCUUUUCUAUUGCUUACUUAAAACCCUUGCUCAAUUUUCCGGUCUUAUUUUCUUGAUUAGUAGUUCUGUAUUUUCUAUACUCAUCUUUGUAUAUAUUAUAUACCUCUUUUCUUCUGUUUCUUUCACUUUGUGAUAUAUAAGGGAAUUUGUCACUUGCUUUAUGCUUUAACAUCUAAAUACCUUUUCUUGACCUAAAUCAUUUUUUUUUUUUUUUUUGCCUUUUCAGCUGUUAAAAACAUUUGGAAUUGUUUGUGAAUGGUCUGAGGUAGAAAUUAAUCUUUUUUCAAAUAACCUGUUAUAGCAGCCAUUUUAAAAUAUUUUAUCACUUUUCUCACUUAAAUACUCAUCUAUUACAGAUUAAAUUCCUAUAUAAAAUUGUUUUGCCUAUAUACUCUAAUCAUUUAAAUUGUUUUACUCUUUGUUAAUACCACACUUUUAAUUACCAGUUUUAUGUAUAGUACUUUGAUGAGAACUGGGACAUGGUUCCCACACUUUCUUUUUCAGAUUCCUUUUGCUAUUUUUGCAUAAUCUUUUCCAGGUCAGGGUUAGACUUGAUGAGUUCCAUAAAAAGUUUAUUAGGAUUUAAUAAGAAUUACAUUGAAUUUAAAGAUCUGAAAGAUUUUCUUCAUAAUUCUUCACCUCUUUCCAUGUGUGGUCUUCAGAAGAUAUACAGGUAUUUCAUAUAGCCUUGGUAGUUAAUUUUAUAAUUAUGUUGCCUGUUAUUAGAUUACUUACUGAUGAUUGCCUAAUUACAGGAAGAAGAGGAAAGGCUAUGAAGAUGAUGAUUAUGUCUCAAAGAAAUCCAAACAUGAGGAGGUAUGUUCUUCAUAGGUAAAUAUUAAGUUAUUGUGCAUUCUGGUGUGACCAUAUCAUUAAAGUUUUAUUACUCCAGAGUGCAAGCAUUUUAUACAUACAUACAUACAUAUAUAUAUAUAUAUAUUUGGGUUUUGAAAGCAUUCAUACUCUUCAUGUACACUGUAUAUUAUUACAUGAAUUUUUCUCACUUCUUAGUCUGUUUUGAAGUAGUAUAAUAGUUACUUGAAGAAUCCUUCCUAUGGUCAUAAAAAGCAGCAGGGAUAGACAUACACGCUAUAAAGUUUUGAUCUAUUAUUUGCUCUCCAAGGAUUCUUUUCCUACCCUUAGAAAGAAAUUGUGCCUGGCAAGUCACAUAUAAAUAAUCAGAAGCAGAAGGCCACAACUGUAACCUUCAUUCCUGUCACUGGGGUAGUCUGGUGAGACCAUGUCAUAUUACUGUGAGAUUAAACUGCAAACGUUCCUGGUUUAUCUAGCGCCCAUAAUCAGCACAGUAAAAGGGGACCAUUUUCCUAAAGGCAGGCAAGGAGGUAAACAAUACUGGUUAUGCUUCAGUAUAACAUCCUUACUGUACCCUCUUUCCUUCUUAGGAAGAAUGGACUGAUGAUGACCUGGUAGAUUCUUUAACCAUUUGAAAUUGGUUUCUCAGUGCUAACAGAUCAAGAAAUGGAUGAAGCAUAUCUGGCAUUUAAAUUUCUUUAAAAAUGAAAUAAGGUGAAAGCAUCAAAAUACAGUAAACUUUAUUUAUUUGAAAGUUUUUCCUUUCAGGGUAGCUUUAUGUGAAAUGAGACAUCUUCAAAGGACCCAGAAUAGCACCUGGUUUGGAUAAUCUGCCCCUCCAUGACUAAAAACAAAUUAGUCUUCCUGUAGUGGCCACACCAAAGCUGUAACUUACUUGCCUAUGUUGUUUUAAACAAAAUGCAGUAAGCAAACAUCCCUUUUGAAAAAGGCACCACAAAAAACAAAACUUAGUAGUCAGCUUUAAACACGCUAAGGAAUGCUUUAUGCCCUCUGGAACCUUUUAUAUAUUGCUUCUCAAAUGCCAUCUUGAUGUACUUUUAUCUAUUGUAUGUUACUACUGAACUACAGAAUGUACCAAAGCUAGUCAGCCAGAGUAACAGGUAUUUGUUUUCCUCAAUUAGUUAACUGAAAACAUCUCCAAAUGGGUUUCUUGAAAAUGAAAUCAAAUAGGCAGUCUUUAGUAGUUUUCUAGAUAAAAACUGAGUUGCUAAAGGUUAGGUAGUAAAUUGUAUGUUCAGUUUUAUAAUUAACCUGUUACAUUACCUAAGUGAAUCCAUAUAAAUGCAUUAUAGUUACUAAAAAUUUUCCAGAUUAUUCAAGAAAUUUAUUUCAAACACGAGUAGAUAUAAAAAAAAAAUGUAAGUGCACAGACUGUAGCACCAAAUUCCUUUGGUGUGAAUCAUGGCUACCUCCACUUUGUAACUUUGGGCAGAUUACUAAAGUGCUCUCUGUGCCCAUUUUUUCCCAAGGUGAAAAGGGAGAAAACACCUACUCCUCACAGGAUUAAUUAGAAUAGUCUCUGUAUACUGCAUGUUCAAUAAAUGUUGGCUAUUACAGCAUUUGUUUCAUUAUUAA